AUUCCUCUCAAUUGGUUUCGAUCUGGGCACCCAUUUGCCAACUCUUCACCUACAAUAACAAGUCUGAAGCUAGUGGAUAGAUUCUUGAGUUUCCGAUCCAACCUCUUUUGAUUCUUUUCCAAGGGUUCUGAUAGUUUCGGAGAAGUCUUUCAUUUGGGUUUUUCAUAGUUGAGAAGUGAUAGGGUUUGUUUUGAAGGUACGAGAGAAGAAUGGUGGAAAUCGCGCAUUCCGAUGCGGUUAAUCCUACCGCUGCACCCAUGGCGAGUAGUUUCGAUUCAAACAGGAGUAAGAAUCUGGGCCAAGGGUUAGUUAGUCUAAUUGAAUGAUAGAUGUGACCCUCCUAGAGGUCAAGGAUGAUUCAUUCGUUGUUCGUGAAUUGAUGUAAUCGUUGUGUACCGUUUUUGGUAGGAUAAUUCAAGCACACUUCUCCUCUUUAUUUGAUGUAAAAAUACAAGUUCAGUGUUCUUGAAUGUGAGUUUUUACGGAAUUAGGAACGGUGCCUGGGUAUGGGCAUGUCAUCGGCGAAUGGCAAAUGCUCACAGACAGAGGGUGGAAGUUGAAGUUAAUGCUUAUUUGCAGUCAGAAAUUCGCAAGGCUGAGGCUCGGGCUGCUACCGCCGAGUCAAGUAUUGAGCAGAAGAGGAUAAAGGACGAAGCAAGAGCCAUUGAGCUAAGGAAACGUGAGGAGGCCAAGGUAGAGCAAGAUAUUCGUGCUGCUGAGGUAAAAGCUGAUAAGAUCGUCGCAAACGCUAAGGAGGAAGCUAUUAAAAUGAUGGCAUACGCUGCAGAGGAAUGCGAGAAAGGCAUUGCUGACUCGCAUACUCAAGCCGAGCGGGCAAAGGCAGAGCGUGAGGAAAUGAAGAGACGUGAAAUCGCCGAGUUAAAAGACAGAGCUGAGCAAAUGAAGAUUACUGGCGAACUUCCCUUUUAUGAAAAAGAGAAGAAGGGCAUGGGCACAAAGGUGAAGCAUGCCUUGGCUUGCCACCAUGGUGCGUGAAUAAUGUGUCAGAUUGUUUACGUCUUUGCUUCUCCACUUAGGUAUCAUUUGUUUUGUACAUAGAUGCAUCCGGGUCCUAGCAAAACUGAGAGGGAUUACGCACUUGAUCUACAAUUAGCAAGACACCUGAGUAGACAAAAAAGAAAGAUGUUGAUAUUCAUCUAAAAUGUAGAACAAUUGUGGCCGCAACAGCAUUUCUACAUUUGGCGUGUGCACCAUUAUUAGUGUAUAUGUAAAAAUAUGAGUGUUUAUUCUAUGCUAAAUGAUCAUAAUUUUACAAUCUUUAACCUGUGAGACCUUUCGGAAA